CUGACCAGCUAAUGGACCAUUUCUUCUUCUUUUUGCUUUCUUUAGAGUCAAGAAACUAAAUGAAAAAGGUAACCUAUACGACUAUAUAUAUAAAAGAAAAGUCCAAGAGUUUAGUUUGUUAGUAGAAUUAACGAAAAUGAAAGCUGUGGUGAGCAAAUUGCAUUGUUCCUCGACAGAGGAUGUGAUGCUGGUGAGACGGCGGCCACACGUGGUCAAUGGUGGUGGCUUUGUGGUGACAGAUUGCAAAGAGAAGACCGUUUUCAAGAUCGACGGUUGUGGAGUUCUUGGCACUAGAGGAGAGUUAGUUCUUAAAGAUGGUGAUGGUAAUGACUUGCUUCUCAUCCACAAAAAGGGAGGAAUAGUGCAGGCUCUUAGCAUUCAUAACAAGUGGAGAGGAUGUAGUUACGACUACAAAGGAAGACCUAAACCGGUUUUCACAUUAAAGGAUCCCAAACACUCUUGCUUCUCCAUAACCGGUUCAAUCCGCAUAUCGGUCCAACCGGGGAAUUCCUACUUUGAUGUGAAAGGGUAUUUCCCAGAUAGGGAUUGUAGUAUCAUCGAUUCAACCGGAAACGUCAUUGCUCAAGUAAAAGAAUGGAUUGGGAGCAGAGAUAUAUAUAAGGUAGGGACAAAAGCCAAUGUGGAUAAAGCUUUUGUUUUUGGAGUAAUAUCGGUUCUUGACUAUAUCUAUGGUGAAUCUACAAGCUGUUGAUCACUUUAAUAUCUUCUUAGCAUUAUUAUUUGCUAGACUCAACUCGUGUUUAUCGUUCUUUUAAAAUUUGAUGAUUCGAUAUUGUUUUGUAAUAACAACUAAAUAACUAUAUAAUUAUUUAAUAUUAGGCUUUUAAUUCGUAUUAUGCGCAUCUGUAUU